GCGCACGGAGGACACACACACACACACACACACAGGAGGGGACACACACGCAGGAAAAUGAAGUUUCUGACGCUGCUCGCUUUGUCUCUCACUUUAAUCGCGACCCUUUGCGUCGCCAGAUCUCCGUACGAGGCCGUCCUGCAGCACAGCCGGAUCCGCGGCAGGCAGCAGGGACCAAAUGUUUGCGCCAUGCAGAAGAUUCCGGGAACCGACAAGAAAUACUUCACCAACUGCAAGCAGUGGUACCACCGCAAAGUCUGCGGCAAACCGACGGUGAUCAGCUACGAGUGCUGUCCCGGUUAUGAGAAGAUUCCCGGAGAGAGGGGCUGUCCCGCUGCGCUGCCGUUGGUGAACAUCUACAACACGCUGGGUGUUGUCGGGGCGACGACCACUCAGAUGUACUCAGAGCGAGCGAAGCUGAAGGACGAGAUCGAAGGUCCCGGCAGCUUCACCUUCUUCGCGCCGAGCAACCAGGCCUGGACCGCCCUGCCCACCGAGGUCCUGGACGCUCUGGUGAGCAACGUGAACAUCGAGCUGCUGAACGCUCUGCACUACCACAUGGUGAACCGGCGGCUGACGGCCGAGGACCUGAAGCACGGCUCCUCCUUCUCCUCCAUGUACCAGGACUUUGACGUGCACAUCCACCACUACCCCAACGGAAUUGUGACGGUGAACUGCGCUCGUCUGAUCAAGACCGACCAGCACGCCACCAACGGCAUCGUGCACGUGGUCGACCGCGUCAUCACCGCCAUCUCCAACAACGUGCACUCCUUCAUCGAGACCGACGACGACCUGGAGACCCUGCGCACGGCCAUCGCUGCUGCAGGUUUGACCACCAUGCUGGAGAGCGACGGUCAGUACACCGUCUUCGCUCCCACCAACGAGGCCUUCGAGAAGAUUCCUCCAGAAACUCUCAACAGGAUCCUGGGAGAUCCAGUGGCUCUGAAAGACCUGCUGAACUUCCACAUCCUGAAGCACAUGCAGUGUGCCGAGUCGGUGGUGUCGGGAACGCCGAUGGAGACGCUGCAGGGCACCGUGCUGGAGGUCGGCUGCGACGGAGCCGACAUGACGCUCAACGGCAAGGCCAUCAUCACCAGGAAGGACCAGCUGGGAACCAACGGCGUCGUGCACUACAUCAACGAGCUGCUCAUCCCCGACUCAGCUAAAACUCUGCUGGAGCUCGCCGAGGGUUCGACCGUUGCCACAGCAACCAAACUGUUUGUCGACGCCGGUCUGAAGCCGCAGCUCACCGGCUCCGAGGCGCUGACGCUGCUCGCCCCUCUGGACGACGCCUUCAAAGGAAGUUUGACGAUGACGGAUGAGAUGAGGAAGCUGAUGACCAACCACGUCAUCAAGGGGCAGCUCUCCUCCAAGGCUCUGUACCACAACCAGGAGCUGGAGACGCUCGGAGGCAUCAAACUGCGGGUGUUCAUCUACCGCAACAGCCUGUGCAUCGAAAACGCCUGCAUCGCCGCCCACGACAAGACGGGCCGCUUCGGCACCUUGCUGACGGUGGACAAGGUGCUCACCCCCCCGAUGGGAACCGUCAUGGACAUCCUGAAGGCUGAUGAUCGAUUCAGCGUGCUGGUCGGGGCGAUGCAGACGGCCGGCAUGACGGAGCUGAUGAACCAGCAGGGGGUGCUGACCGUCUUCGCUCCCACCAACGACGCCUUCAACACCAUGCCUAAGCCCGAACUCAACAAACUCAUGCGUAACCGUCAGGAGCUGGCUGCUGUGUUGAAGUACCACAUGGGCGAGGGCAUGCUGGUGAGCGGAGGCAUCGGCUCUCACUCCAGACUUCAGCCGCUGCAGGGAGACAAGCUGGAGCUGGGCACGCGUAACUACACCAUGUAUGUGAACAAAGUGCCGGUGGUGGAGGCUGACCUGAUGGCGACCAACGGCGUCGUCCACGCCGUCGGCAGCAUCGUGAAGCCGCUGCCUCCAAAGGUGGACAGAGAACAAGCCGACGGUCCCGCCAGGAUGUCGUCCCCCUCAAAGCCUCAGAGCUUCAGAAACGAGGAUCUUUUCCAGAAGGUGAUGAAGAGCCGCUCCAGCAGGACGAUGACUCGCAGCCAGUAGAACCCCAGAGGAGGAGGAACAGACCCGCAGAACCCACAGGAACACCAGAGGAACGUCUUCCCUUCUCUCCACAGAACACGUUCUCACCCCAAAGUGUCAAAGAGUAGUCGAGUGUUAAAGGAAAAAUCCCCCUAAAAACACUUGUGGCUGUUAAAACCUCCGCUCAGCCGGCUGGGGUCCGUCUCCUCCGGCCAAUCACAGGCGAGGAAAUUAUUUCAGCGAUCAAAAACAAAAAGAGUAAACGUCAUCAUAAUGUUCAUCAGACACACAGGACCAGAAUGCAACACUGCAGCCUCCAUUGACCUCAAUAGACCACAACAGAGAAAAGGCGCACUUCACUCACACAGCACUAAAUUCAACAAUGAUGCGUUCAGGUGCCCUCCAUCUACCCGGUACAGUUGAAAAAAUUGCCCAGUGAGAGACUAAAACACCACAUAUCCUACAACAGGCCAUAGACAGCACAUGACACUUUCUACAAAUUUCAGAAAAAAAAAAAAAAAAAAAAAAAAACGACAGCAAGACAAAAGCAAACGGAAAAAUAAAAUCAAUACUGAAAGAAAACAAUAAAGAAAUAAAAUGGCGCAGUAUUUUCUCUUUACUCUUUGGGCUGGAAUGUAAAUUAAAAUGUUUAAAUUUCCAUGGGGCCGUGAAGUACUCACAAGGCAGGUUGUAUCAUUGUUUUUAAGCAAAUUUCCGGCGGUAAACGUGGAAAGUUUUGGAGUUUAUGAGUCGAUGAGGGCCACCAGAACGCACCAUUUGUCCGGGCACAUUUUGCUGAAGUUGUUGAAAGGCAUUCUGGGAAAUGUAGGCAAUCAGUAACCUCAGCAGAAGCAGAUGAGGCCGGUCGAUCACCACAACAAAUAAAUAUCAAACAAAUAUGAAUAAGAAAAUAAAUAAAUAUCAUCACUAAAUGCAGAGGGUUAAAUAACAGCGUGAGAGGAUUUGGGGGGAUUUUUCCUUUAAUUUUGCCAAAGACGGCCGUCUUCAGUCAGCCAGCACAAAGUGGAGGUGUUUUUUUGUUUUGUUUUGUUUUGUUUUGUUUUUUUGUUCAGGAAGAGGCCGCAUGAUUGUUUUCAAGUUGGAAGUUUUUCACAUUUGCAACUUCAGUCUCUCGUGUCGAGUGAAGUUUAUUUUUUUCUUUUUCUUUUUUUCUUUUUUUGAGAAACUUAUACUGUAUUUUGAUUUUGUGUUGAAACUUAUGUAGCAUGUUUGCAUGGUUCGAGCUGGAACGAAAGGAAAAUCAGGACGAAUUCGAUUUGGUUUCCACUCCGUUUUGCUUGUUUUUAGUUUCUUUUUUUUAUUAUUAUAAUUAUUGUUUUUUAAAUAAACCCGAUAAAUUAGCCCUGAAAAGAGAAUGCACACGUCCAUUCCAUCUGUAACAUACUGUAGCAAAGACAUUGUUUUGUAUGUAUGUGUGUGUGUGUGUUUGUGUGUGUGUGUGUUUGUGCGAACCAAAGAUCAGUGUGUGCACAUUUCUAAAUAAAAUGGCCGUUUUGUAGCCACAGAGUUC